AUGCGCUGGCACAGAUUGGACGAGAUGUGCGAUGCGAGUUGUUGCAUGCCCGGCAAAGUACAACAGGGACUCGUCAUAUCGCUGCAGAGCGAACAGACUCCCAAUUUCCUCGAGCUUCAGGUAGAAACGAUAUUGAAUGAGAUUAAAGGAUUGCUCGAGCUUCUAGGAGAUGGAGAUACCAAAGACGUCAAACGAGUAUUUAAGGGCGGGUGGGACCUACAACCGAAGAAUUCUACCGACCUCGCUAGUUGGUAUGAUCUACAUCCGUUGAAUGGAGCACUCGACUUUGACCACGGGAAAUUCUCAGAGGAUAAUCUGAAGAAAGUUACGAUGGAGGACAUCCGGUCCCUUUUCAUGUCGCAUGUCCAUCCUGCUUCGACAGUUCGAUCCAAACUAUCCAUCCACCUGAUAUCACAGAAUCCAACGCAGAUCAAGGGAGUCAGUGAUGAUGCGGUAGCAGCGUUCAACUCUCUACUGGAACAGCAUAAAAGCCAACUUGAUUUUGAUGCCCCCCAGGCAUGUGAAGACGCGAAGAGGGUUUUGGGAGCGAACCCGACGCUUUCAGAGUUCAGUCGGUACUGGUCUUCGAUUCUGGACGAGUAG